UUGCAUUAUCCUUACACUUACCUAAUGGCUUACUUUAUUAUUGAAUGAAGAUUAGAAGUUACAUCUACCUGUCUUUAUCUUCUACAGUUAAGGCCUAUAGUGUUUGUCUUAACGUACAAGAUAAUUGGAAAGAGUAGACGUAGACGUUAAUAAUUCGUUUGGUAGACUCCUAACUAAGAAUCUCAGGUGUAUCUAUCUCUUUAGUUUGAAGGUCGUGAAGUUCUUGGUAUGAAAAUGAAGAAGCAGAUGAUGGAUGAGUCUGAGAAUUUGUGUUUCAAGAAGUCAUUGAUGCCGCCUACUCCUCCACCGCUUCCUCCAUCUCCUGGAUACGGAUCAAGAAAGAUCGAUGGAGACAGCAUAACCAAUAAACAGAUCAAGAAGUUCUGGAGGCAGAAGCAGAUCAUUGAAGAGGAGCAUCUCUUUGCUGCUAUUAAGGCUGCAGCUCGUGUCAGAGCCCGUAAUCUCUCUGAGGAGGACUACAAGCGCUUUGAAGAAAGCUUGGACAUGGAGGAUCCAGAAACCGAAGUUCAUGAUGAGGGAAUUAAAGAUUGGUGGACGAAGAGCAAGUACGCAUACUUGAACCAGCCAGCUCUUGGAUCUGCAGAUUCACUGAAGAGAAAGAGGUUAUGUUAAUGGAUCUGGACUUUGGUGGUUGUUGCUUCUUUGAAACUGUUGAAUAAUAUUCAAUCUUACUAUGGAACAUUAAUUUCUUUUUGUUCCAUAGAUGAUAAGGUUAUUGUACUUUGUUGUUGUUCUAAUUUUUUGCUCAUAAGAAAGAUUAAUACAUCUCUAGAAGAAUAAACAAAGUCUCUAUUUACCUCAAAUUCAGUACUAAAUAGUUGCUAAAUUUUAUCCUCGAAGAAAAAAACACUUUCCACUAUUUGAGUGCCAGCCAACAAAGAAUGCGUCUAAUGAAAAUUGCUUUAUCAUCUCA